GGAAGCGGGAAAGGGCCACAAUGGGGUCUGGGAGGUGGGCGGGGCGGAGCGGGGGUGUCCAGCCACGUCGCUUUGUUUUCCCAUAACAGGAGCCACAACAGGUGCUGCGAGCCGUAAGCGCCCCCCACCCGCGCUAUGGGCUCGGACGCCUGGGUGGGCGUUUGGCGGCCACACCGGCCCCGCGGCCCCAUCGCAGCGCACUACGGAGGCCCCGGGCCCAAAUACAAGCUGCCGCCCAACACCGGCUACGUCCUGCAUGACCCGUCGCGGCCCCGCGCCCCCGCCUUCACCUUCGGCGCGCGCCUCCCCACGCAGCAGACGACGUGCGGCCCCGGGCCCGGCCACCUGGUGCCCGCCCGCAUGACCGUGCGCGGCCCCGACGGCGCCCCCGCCUACUCCAUCUACGGCCGCCCGCGCCGCUCAGCGCCCUUCCUCACUCCCGGACCUGGCAGGUACUUCCCGGAGCGAGCGGGGAACGCGACGUACCCCAGUGCGCCUCGGCACAGCAUUGCUCCCCGAAACUGGGGUGUCCAGGCGGAGCAGCAGAGCCCAGGUCCCGGGGCCUAUACUGUGCCCUCGCUCUUGGGUCCACGCGUCAUCGGCAAAGUCUCCGCCCCAACUUACUCCAUCUACGGCCGCAGAGCGGCGGGCAGUUUCUUCGAGGACCUCAGCAAGACCCCAGGCCCAUGCGCCUACCACGUCGUGAGCCCGGGGGUCUACAAGUCCCGGGCCCCCCAGUUCACCAUGCUGGCGCGGACUUCGCUCCCCCAAGACAACACUCAGAAGCCAGGGCCCGCGGCCUACAACGUGGAUCAGGUGGCCUGGAGUCCAGGGUCAAGGGUCAGAGUCAGGGGAGUGGGGAGGGCCUGA